AUAUCAGCAUCGCGGUGGAUCUCCUGCAGGAGCUGACAGACAUCGACACGCUUCACGAGAGCGAGGGGGGGCCGAGGUGCUCAUCGACGCUCUGGCCAAGAUGCCUUUCGAUGCCAGUAAGCUGUACUGCAGUGAAAUACUGGCUAUCAAUGACAGUGUUAAAGCAUCAUAAUCCAGCCACACCGGAGGAACAGGAAAUGAUGUAGAAUCUUUUUGACACGCUCUGUUCCUGCCUCAUGCUUCCAGCCAAUCGUGAUCGUUUCCUCAGGGGGGCGGGGCUUCAGCUCAUGAACCUCAUGCUCAGACAUGUGAAAUGUUUUCCCGUGGUGUAGAUAAACUGUUGUUUGUCAUUGGCGGACGGAUGAAGGAAGUGCCAGUAUGACGGACAGCUACAUUUCCCUGGAGCGAGGCAAUGAUAGUCAGCUUCCAUCUGUACAGUCCUCUCCCGCAGAGCCCUUUCAGACUCCUACAUGCUGUUUAGAUCAGGGAGAAGAAGAUGUCUCGAGUCAGUGAUCGGUCCAGAGGGGUCAGAUAACUGUCACAAGUUUGUGAACAUCCUGGGCCUGCGGACCACAUUCCCUCCGUUAAUGAAGACGCCCAAGAAGAUGAAGAUAGUGGGGAUAUCGGACAAGAAGCAUGAAGAACCUCAGAGGGCAGCAGAGAAGUCGUCUCCUCAGCAAGUUCACGACUGCGAGAAGCUGACGGUCGACAGACUCAUGGAGCUGCAUUUUAAACACCUGGAAGCCGUUCAGCUCGCAGACGAGAGGAUGGAAGGAGAGAAGCACGUAAGAUUCACACUUGAUUGGCAGUUUCUCCUCAGCGAGAAGUGAAGAUAAGAGCAAACCUACCAGACUCAGACCUCACUGUGGGAUCUGUAGGACACUCGACACGCUUCCCGCUCGCUCCACUCCACUUUACAGAUGAACGCUGUUAAACUUUUACUCUAAAGGUGCUCUUACAGGACCUGGUGUCUGUGUAGUCACAACUGGACAAACACCCAAACAAACCUCACUGUUGGGCUCCACUUAAAGUCUCAUUGCAUUUCAGACAACUCGUGUUGGCAUCAAACAUGUGA